AUGAACCACGGAGACCACGGCGGACAUGACAUGCCCAUGCCCAAGGAGCCGAUGUGCGCCAUGCAGAUGCUCUGGAACACCCAGAUAAUCGACACAUGCAUCGUCUUCCCCGGCUGGCACAUCCACUCCAAAGCCGCCUUCGUCUUCUCCUUCCUCGUCAUCGUCGCGCUCGGCGUCUUCUACGAGUACCUCCGCGCGUUCUCGCGCAACGUCGACCUGCGCAUCGCGGCGGCCCUCGCGAAGAGCGGGAAGGGGAAGAGCAGGAUCAUACUUGGGGGCAGUAGGAGCGGGAGUGGGAGGAGCACACCGGAGGAGGACAGCGAUGAGGCGGGGCUGUUGAGCGGGAGGACGCUGAGGCCGGCUGUCACUGGUGCGCCCGUGCCACUGACCCUUCGCAUCCUGCGCGCCGUGCUCUACGGAGCGACGGUGUUCUUAUCAUUCUUCCUCAUGCUGGUUUUCAUGACAUACAACGCAUACCUCAUCCUUGCUGUGGUCGCCGGAGCAGCCAUCGGCCAUUUCGUCUUCAACUCCCACAUUGACCUGGACGCCGUGUCGGCGAACGGGAAGGGGAUGGCGUGCCAUUGA